AUGGGCCAAGUCCCUACGCCUCUGAAAGGCAGCUCAGCCGGGGACUCUGAUAUCGAACGGUCAAACCUAGCCGAGGUUGCCAACGUCGACGAUGUCCAGGAGAAAAUGUCCCCAACGGCGGUUGGGGAGUCAACUACAGUCACACCCGAUAUAGUUGAUAUUCAUCUAAAUAUCGAUGCCUUGAAUCCGGCAUUCCUCAUGGCAGAAUGCUUGCGAUCCCACGGCAUUCAGGGUCUUCUCGAAGAAGGAUACCCCACAUCACUCGAUGCUAGAUACGAAUCACCAUUUACCUGGUCCCUGCGGAAGAAAAUCACGGUCCUCUCCGGAACCUUCUUCGCCUCGACCCUAGCCGCCUACUCUGCCGGUGCCUACGCCAUGGCCGCAGCUCCGUUGACCGAGAAAUGGUCCCUUUCCAACACGGAGUUCAACCUCGGCAUCACACUCUUCGUCUUGGGGUUCGGAUUCGCGCCCAUGAUCCUCGCGUUGAUCAGCGAAAUCUACGGUCGCUAUUGGGUCUUUGUCGGCUCCGGGGCCGUCUUCUUCUUGGGAACCCUGGGUUGUGCCGUGACACAGUCGUUCCCUGGUAUGUUGGUCUCUCGUCUGAUCACGGGGAACGGAGCGUCCGUCUUUGCGACGCUGACCGGGGGCGUCGUCGGCGAUGUGUUCCACAAGGAGAAGCGCAACACGCCCAUGGCCCUCUACUCGCUCACCAUCAUGAUCGGGACCGGAUUAGGCCCCAUGAUCAGCGGCAUCAUUGUCGAUCACCUUCAAUGGAGAUGGAUCUUCUACCUGCAAAUGAUUACUGUCGGUUCCACGACAUUGGCCAUCUUCUUCUUCUUCGCCGAGACGCGGAGCAAUGUUGUACUUGCACAAAAGUGUGGCGCCCUCAACAAGCAUUUCGAGAGUGUUGACCUGCAGCGAGUUUCUCCACUGAUUGGAAACAAUGACGAACUGCGACAAGACACUGAGCUGCUGCUGGCCGAGGGCCAGUCACAACUUGUCCGCGUUCAAUUUCGCGCCCACUUCGAGGGCCCCGAGCUUGACAUGCGCAUCCUGUGGCGGAGCUUCUCCUUCCCCCUCAAACUCCUCUUUACUGAAUCUGUCGUUUUCUGGUUUUCCGCAUGGGUUUCAUUUGCUUGGGCGAUUCUAUACUUGCAGUUUAACAGCAUCGGUCUGGUGUUUCGUUCCGUCUACGGCUUUACCAGCAGCCAGGUCGGCGGAAUCUACACCGCAGUCAUUGUCGGGUCAAUCGCAGGGGCGGCAAUCACAAUCCUUCAGGACCCGAUAUUCAGAACAUUCAUGCCCCGGCGGAUGGCCACGCCUGAAGGCCGACUUUACUCAGCUUGUGUCGAGUCACUCUUUCUGCCCAUCGGGCUGUUCUGGUUCGGCUGGAGCUCGUCGCCUAAUGUCCCGUGGAUCGUGCCGGCUCUCGCAAUAACCUCAGUGACGGUCGGGAUCUUCACCGUAUACCUGGCCGUUUUCAACUAUCUGGCGGAUGCCUACCACCGGUACGCCUCUUCCGCUCUCGCAGCACAGUCCAUGUGCCGGAACUUGCUUGCCGGCGUUUUCCCUUUGUUCACAAACACCAUGUUCCAAAAGCUGGGAUACGGUGUUGCGGGAAGUCUGCUCGGCGGCAUUGGCUUGGUUCUCUCGCUGGUUCCUUGGUUGCUAUGCAUUUACGGGGAGAAGAUCAGGGGCCGCAGUCCUUUUGCUGGGCAACUUAAAGCGGGUUAA